ACAGGUGGCUCAGUUUUGCUGCCAGCCAUGAGGAUCCUACCAAUUGUGAUACUGACCAUGAUAGCGGUCCAUUCCGGCUGGGGAAAAAAGGCGACCAAGAAAACCAAGGAUAAGGGUCCUUGUGGUAAACCAUUUCUCAAGGAGCUAAACGGAAAGUGCUUCUACGUAUCCAACAAAAAGAUAAACUGGUUUGGGGCCCAGAAUAACUGCCUGCGCAAGGGCCUCAACCUGGCCGAUGUGUCCACUCCGGAGGACUUCAAGGCAGUGGUCCACUACGUGACGGUGCAGGUGGGCAUGGACGACUACUGGUUCGGUGGCAACGAUCUGCAGACGGAGGGUCGCUUUCAGUACAUAAGCAAUGGAAAACUGGUGCGCUACUUUGGCGAAACUGGCUUGGUGGAGCCUACACAUCGCUCCAAUAUGGAUGACUGCCUGGAAAUUAGGAUUCGACCUAAUCGCACUAUUGUCCUGGACGUGAACUGCCAGGAAAAGAAGUACUUCGUCUGCGAGCAGAACCAGCCCAAGUGCGCGGUUCCAGUAGAGGAUGAGGGUGGUGACGGCGUACGCCACAGCCAUGAGCACUUGCAUCACUUCCAUCACGAUGCGGCCAAAAAGGAGAAGCAGGAGGCGGGGAUCAAAGAGCAGGACGUGGAGAGCGAUUCACGGCCAGCUGACAAUUCGAAUUCAACGGAAAUCGGGACCUCGGACGAGGCGGAGGCGGAGGGCACGGCGGCUGGAGGUGAAGGUGAGUCGCCGGCAGAGCCAGUGUACGAACAUGGGAUGCAUGACGGAGAUACAACCAAAGCCGAUGAAGGCCAAACGACGCCAGCGGAGGGAGCGACGGUCUCGGCAGGCGAAGCAGCCGAGGGUUCAUCUACAGCGGCACCAGAUGCAGCCGCUGCAACUCCGGCGGAGGGAGCCACUCCAGCGGAAGGGGCUCCCGCAGAAGGAGCUGCAGCAGCUGAGGCAGGAACGCCUGCAGCGGAAGCGGCCCCAACUGAAGCUCCGGCGGCCUAAGCGCACUAAUCCACUAACCAGGCGAACCAAUAGACAUCUAGGAAAUCGAAGUAUGUUUCAGUUUUCACAAAAUAAAUUUGAAUUUUAAUAUGAUGAUCAAAUGGCUUUUACUCUGAGUUAACUUAUAGAAAACAUCCAGACAAAAUGCAAAUGGAAAUGAACAGUUUUCUACAUAAUUUUCAAUUUUAAACUUUUGAGGAAAAUCAAAAGAUUUGAAUUUCAUCGAAUCGAUCAUAUAAAUCUAUACACAUUGACUUCCGCGUAAUGUAUAAAAGAAAUUUUCUGUCUAUCGUACAUCCGAGAUAAUCCCAAGGCAUGCUGUAGAAAAGAUCAGUGUGUUGAAAAAGAAAAUGAUGCAGCUACUAAAGAUUGAACUACGCAGUCGGUGAGGAAUGUCUAUAACUGAAUAAGAUUAUCAACUAAGCUAAACUAAGCUAAUUUUGUGGAAAGUUCACC